AUGCCUCUUAUCUCUGCCUCACACUUCACCCCUGGCCCCUCUUCCUUCCUCGAACCCAAGGAGCCCUCCUUGCUGGAAAGCCCUUGGCUUCUCAGCCUCCCUCCACCUUCGGGGAAGGACCCACCUCCUGGUCCCCACCUUCUUCCUUUGCCAAGCCCGGGACCCCACCAGCGGGAUCCGACCUCAAAACAGGAAAAGCCCGGGGCCAAUGCCCUGCUCGGGCCUCAGGCUCAGACAGGCAGUGGGCGUGGGGCCGAGGCUUCCUGCGUGCCCCCACCCCUGCCACCCAAGGGCCCUGCCCAGAACCGAUGGCCCUUCAUUAGCCCGGCGCUUAUCUGGGGACCGCAGCAGGUGACAGGCGGCCUCCCUCUCUGCCUGCGGGAGCCCAGCAGUGGCAUGGGGAACUGCCUGCGCCCGGUGAAUUCCUUCCCCGACGACGACAACUCGAGUCACCUUUUCCUCGAAGAUGAGCAACUGGAGGGUUUGGAUGAUUACCCCGACUACAACUACUCGGGCAUGGACGCGGCGGCCCCCUGCCACUCCUGCACCCUGCUGGACCCGUCCUCGCUGCCCUUCUACGUCCUCGCCAGCGUCCUGGGCAUCCUGGCCAGCGUGGUCAUCCUCUUCGCUCUGCUCAGUCCCCGCUCUCCCCGGCAGCUCUGUCCCGGCCGGCGGCUCCUCCUCACCCAGCUGGCCGCGGGCAGCGCCCUCUGCAGCGUCGCGGUGCCCAUCCUGGCCCCGGGGCUCCAGGGCGCCCACAACACCUACCUGUGCCACCUGGCCCACCUGGUCUGGAACGGCUCCGCCUUCGCCCAAGCCCUGCUGAUCGGCUGCCACGCCUGCCUGGGCCCCACCCUGGGGCCAGGCCCGGUCCCACGCCUCGUCCUGGGGCUCUCUGUGGGGCUUUGGAAACUGGCCGUCCUCCUGGCGGUGCCCAUCACCCUGGCCAGCGACACCUCCAAUGGACUCUGCUCCUUGGCAUCCAGCCAGGGCGUUCUGAAGCUUCUGCACAGUGCCAGCCUUUGGGCCAUCUUUGUCUUGUUGCCCCUGGGCUUACUGGGAGCCAAGGGGCUGACAAGGGCACUGGGCAGGGGGCCGUGUCCCUGGGUGGAUGUGCUGUGGCUCUGGUUCCUUUUCUGGUGGCCCCAUGGGGUGCUCUGGGGACUGGACGCCCUCGUGAGAUCCAGGAUCUUGGUGCUGUCGUCCUGCCCGACCCAGCAGGCGCUGGACCUGCUGCUGUCCCUGGCGGAAGUGCUGGCGAUCCUGCACUGUGUGGCCGGGCCCCUGCUCCUGGCCGCCUUGUGCCGCCGGGCGGCCCGCGGGGCCCUGCCCUCCUUGCCCCUCCCGGCCAGUCAGCCCUCUCCUCCGGAUGCCCUGGGAGGUAAAUCUCCACUCCCUUCCUCCCUGCCGGCCUGAAUUAAAGUCUGUGCUGCCUCUGUGA